AUGCUGCAGUACGCAGAUGACAUAGCGAUCUUCGCUCACGGUACUAAUCUCACGAAGGCUGUCGAGUCUGUGCAAAAAACUAUAGAUUCCCUACAGGUUUACUUACGGGCAAAAGGUCUCGAAAUCUCCCCAGAUAAGUCUCAAUGCGUAAUUUUUUCACGUAAAAAUAAGAUUCCAAACUUCCAGCGGAUUAAUGUGGGGAACCAAAUUAUUCCUCUUUCGGAUUCUUUUAAGUUUCUGGGAGUCUGGUUGGAUGCGAAGAUGACAGGCAAGAAGCAUCUCACCUAUUUAAUCCAGAAAGGUAAAUCGAUUGUUAACAUUCUAUCCUCCCUGUCAGGAGUUUGGUGGGGUUCACACCCCCAAUCGCUCCUAACAAUUUAUCGUGCUGUGUUCAAAGGUUCCAUCGAAUACGGCUGCCAGGUGUUUCAAUUUCAACGAAAUCAAACGUUAUUCCGAUGCCUACAACGCCUCCAAUGGAGGGCUAUCAGAAUCGCCAUGGGAUAUCGAAUCUCCACCCCUAUCAAUAUAAUACUUGCAGAGGCUAAGGAGGCCCCCUUAAGGAACAGAUUUAAAUUGUUGUUGUCUAGAUUCCUCCUAAAGAGUUUCUUAAAGAGCGGCAAUCCCAUGAUUAAUAGUCUUCGCUACUUAGAGGACAUUUCCUGUAACAGACGGAAAAGAAUAAAUGCCAUACGAUGCAUUCCUAUCUUUAAACUUUACAUUGCUUUCAAAUAUUAUAAAGGACGCAUUAAACGCUCUGUUUUCCUUCUUGCCUUCUUGUACCCAUACAACGUAACUAUUUUUACACAAGAAUACAGGGAAGUAGUUACCCAUGUCAACGAUUCCACCCCCAAAGAAUUCAUUGUAUCUAAAUUCCAAGAAUUCCUGUAUACCUUCCCUCAGGAUACCACAGUGCUAUAUACGGAUGGUUCUAAGCUGGGCACAGAUGGCCCCACUGGAGUGGGCAUUUAUUCUCCAACGUUGCAGCUUAAUUUUUCGCACUGCCUUCCGCCGGGCACCUCGAUUUUUACUGCAGAAGCCUGGGCAUUGCUCGUCGCUGUGAAGUCUAUCUGUGAGGAACAGUGUGUCAGGGCUGUCAUCUUUACCGACUCCAAAAGCGUUUUAGAGGCCAUUGCUUCACCUAGAACUAAUAACGAUAACUACUUGAUGUACUCUCUCAAGAACCAACUAUACUUAGCCGACUCUUCGGGUAUCCAGGUGGAUCUUGUCUGGAUCCCCUCUCACAGGGGCAUCAGGGGAAACGAAGAGGUGGACGAUCUUGCUAAACUCGGAGCUAGAAACGGUACUCGCAUGGAUAUAAAGAUUCCGUAUACGGACACACUUGCGGAACCUAAAGUGAAGUAG